AUGCUGCGUCGGGUGUGGCAGCGAGCAGGGAUGUGGCAGUCACCGACGCGGUUCUUUUGCGCCGUUGCUGUUACUACACAGGACUGUGUGUUGCCGCGUCGACGAGAUAGGUCUUCGCCACGUGCUUCGACGUUGCUUCCGCGCGCGCGGUCGCCAGUCAAUCAGACGCUGCCAAGAAAAACGCUCCGCGGUUCGAACCAAUCGAACGUUUUAUUGUCCAAUCAAACGCCGCCCACGACUUUUGUAGCCACUUGUCGCGCGUUGCGCGCCAUUGACGAGACGGCGCUAUUGGCGACGAUUGACGUCCGGACGUGGAACGUGGCACUGCAGCGACGACUGGAGGCUCGAGACGAGCGCGGGGCAGCGGAGCUCUUGGGUCUAAUCGCGAGUUUCAGUCGUGAAAAUGCAAGUGUACCCAUGUGGACCGAUUUGUUUUUUACGGUGUUACGACAGCGUUCUUUACGCGGGUUUCGAACAGAUGAGAUGCAGGAGCUCUUGAGACAGUUGAAGCGGAGAUACGGGCCGCAAUUUGUGGCUCGCGUGCUCGUAGACGUGGUCAAUGGCUGUGCCAAUAUCAAGAUGUUUGCAGCUGCUCACGAGCUGCUGCUGUACCAGCAGACGUUGUGGUCGGAGAUUCGCUCCGGUACUACUACUACUACAGACGAGACAUUGACGACGGGGUGGAGCGGGCAGAGUGAAGCGCUGAUGCCGCCAUCGGUGGUUGGCCACUUGAUGGCCAAGAUGAUGCACAAGAAAAAGCACGGUCAAGUGCUGGCGCUUGCACGCGCGUAUUUUGCUAGUGCUGCGUUCGAUCCAGUGCGAGAUUUCCAGCAACAAGGGUUCCUUGAACUGUUUAAAGCAAGUGUGUACGCGCAGCAAAGUCCGAGGAAUGUGGUGCACGUGUUUUUGGGCUAUGUGGAGGGAACGUGCCGUGCAGCAGGAGGCAAGGUGGAGAAAGUGAGGACACGAGUGCUCGAGCGAGGCUUUGGAGCUGCGAUUCACUGCUGUGUGAAGCUUGAGGAAUACUCGCUGGCGUUGCAUUGUUAUGAAGUGAUGGAAAGCACACGAGAGAGACUCGUUUGUGCUGGGGACGGCUUACCGGUGGACGACGCGAUCGACGAAGCUGCAGAGAGGGUUUGCAUCGUGGAUGAAGUGCUGCCAGCUGAUGAAAAUAUAUACGUUAACGUGUUGAAAGCAUGUAUGGCGAUCGAGGAUUUCUCCACGUUUAAAGAUGUGUUCCGCGGGAUGGUAGCUCGAGGUGUGGCUCGUAGUGCUGGAUUCGGUUCAGCGAUUCGUUAUUGUCACAAGCAUUUGGAUCCAGUGUUCCUUGAAGAAGUGUUGGACGGGGUAUGCUGGACAGAACAGAAGCUUGCAGGUGCCUGGACACUAGAGAUAGAAAACUAUAACGAUGCGCUUGGCUGUUUUGCCGCUACGAAUAGACCGGACCAAGCUAAGGAGCUGUUCUCGCAAAUGCUGAACAACCCAUCGAUAGUGCCCGACCAUAUUACGAUGCUCGAGAUGGUGGAGAGUCACCGCAACGCCUCGAUCGAGGAGGUGUUUAAUCUCAUGGAUGUGUUUCUUGAGUGGAAACUAACACCGAAUCUUCAGGUGUUCACGUCGCUGCUGUCCAUCUAUAUGCGCCGUCGCGAAUCAGACAAUGCUGUUGCGCUCAUCGGUGCGAUGGAAGAGCAUGGUAUCGUCCAGGAUGUGAAGGCAUUCACGACUGUCGCGUUCAUUCAUGCAUCUCGCGGUGACUUGAAGGCUGUGGGAGACGUUUUACGAAACAUGGCUAGUCAAAGUGUUGCUACCGACAGGAUGUUCUUUGACUACGUCCUCAACGCACUGUACGGGUCGUGCGGUAUCGAUAUGUGUUUCUCGCUCUUUCGUGAGCUGAGUGCACACGAGCUGGCGAUCCCAGAAGGGCUGUAUAUCUCGCUGGUUGAUCUCGGUACCACGAUUGGUUUGAUUGAGCGCACGCUGCAUAUUGCGUACAACAUGGAGUGCGAAGGCUACCAUCUCUCAUCGAAGCAGUUGUACGCGUUGAUGAUGCGUUGUCACUCGGACGGCGAGAUUUCGGAGUUUGUGUGGACAUUUGUGCUGUUACACCAGGGCGUGCCACCCGAGACUCCGCGCUUUGAGGUGGAAAUGUAUGAAGAUUUGAUAUCGAUGCUGACGCAAUUCAAUCGCAAAAACGAAGUCUCGAAAGUGCAGGAGCUGGCUAGAUCAGUGGGGUACACUGAUUUGAUUGUUUAA